AUGAUAACGACAGCGACGAGGUCUUCCGUAUGGUCGAAAUGGUUCGUUUUCGUGACCGUCGCUGCAAUUCCGUCCGUGACGAUUCAAGCGCUGGACAACCAGUUGACGUUCGGUACCCUCCAGAGCUGUGACGACGUGCAGUGUCGAUGGACCGAUCGAGAUGGCGUUGCAGUGACUUCGGACGUGAUGGUGACUCACUUUCUGCAAGACGAAAGGAUCCACGAAGGGCCGAGCGCGUAUCGACGCCGGAUGGAAGAGCACGUGGAGUAUCUGGAAACCGUGCGCAAGCACGCAAUGAAGCACAAUUGGGCCUUUUCGUACGCUAUGGGCGUCAAUAGUCGACACUUGUACCAUGAAGGCGACCGGAGCUUGUCGCCUGUUGACUUUGUCCAGCAGGAACAUGAAGCUGCUCAGCGGCAACAGCAGCGGCGACUGACGGAACGUCCGCAACGUUUUGCCACUUCGACGCCCGAAUAUCGUGAGACGUUGAAUUGGUGUUCACCUGAUAACUCUCGUCACGAAAGUAUCUGCACGGAUGUCAAGAGUCAGAACCAAUGUGGGAGCUGCUGGGCUUUUGCUGCCGCCGAUAGUAUCGAGACAGCCGUGGCGGUGAAUGCAGGGACAAAGCCGCAGUCGCUCUCACCGCAGCAGUUCUUGGACUGCAGCUCGAGGGUGAUGACCGCGACGUUUGACUAUUGCUGGGCUGAAGGCGGCGUCGAUGGAGCGAGUUGGCUGCAGAGCCAGAUGAUCUGGGGCUCAAGGAACGAUGCGUGUAAUGGAGGCAUGACCCACGCUGCUUUUGCGGACGCAGCACAGUUGAAGUGGUCGCUGCUGAGUCAGUUGAGCUUGCCUUACAAUGAGCUGGAGACGCCGUCCAAAGCAUCUUCUGCUGCUGUUGCUGAUGUAUGCAACAGCUCGUCAACGGACAACGCUGCUGCGAGCAUAUCGGGUUGGGAACAAGUCGUGGGGCCUUCGUGCAAAGAGAGCAGUGACUCGAGGGAGCUGCUGAAGUUGGCGCUUCAGCGACAGCCAGUUUCCGUCGCUAUCAACUCGGGUGGGUCUUUCGACGCGUACAAGGGUGGCAUUUACGCUUGUCCCAAUGAUGGCAGCUUUGCGUCGAGUGCCGAGAUCAACCACGCGGUUGUCUUGGUCGGCUACGGGUCCGAUGGCACGACGGACUACUGGAUCAUCAAGAACUCGUACGGGGCAAGCUGGGGCGAGAAGGGCUUUCUGAGACUGGCCAUGGACUCGAAGAUCAAUUGCGGGCUCAGUGUUUUCGCCGUGAUGCCCACUGGAGCCACCGUUGGUCCCGCACAGACGACAGUCGAUGGCGGGGGCAGGGUCUACUUUGUAGGCAUGACUCCGGAAAGCUGGAUCAUACUCGGCAGUGCAGUUGGCCUGACCACGGGGAUCCUCACACUCGUUGGCGCCAUUUACGCCAGCCGCCAGCGCAAUGCCCUCAAGGAGCCGAUGUAG